CCCUAUCAUUCAAGAAUACUAUUUUUUUACGCUAGGGAUCGUGAGCGAGGAGCGACUCCCUGUGAUGCUCCCGGGGAUACUCCCUUCUCUCAAAGUCAAGAAUAGACUUACUGGUAUCACAGAUUACAGAGUAACCUCUGUGAUCUGUGACUGGUAUGUUGACAGUUUUGGCACCCGCAUGUAUAUAAAUUUCCGUUCAUUUCUCGUUGUGUCGAAAAAGAAGUACAUAACCUAGUGACCUACCUAGCCCCCAACUAAUCUGAAAAUUCUUAUCAAACAGUGUAGCUUUCCAUGUAGUUUUGAUAAAGCGUUUUUCCAAUAAACCUAAAGUGCACAAUGUCAUCAAGUGGUAUUUCAAGUUUAAAAUGGCAAAUCGCACUCGGAUUGGGUGCAGUUGGGGCUGUUGGAUUGGCGUGCUGGUAUAUGAAAACAAGCAAAAAUGAGUCGCUGCAUUCGGUCGAAGAUGUUAAAAAUGUUACUGAAGAAUCGCCGUUCCAACGUGCCCAGAAAUUCAAGACGGAAGGUAACAACAUGUUCAAACGGGGCAAAUACGAUGAAGCUAUUGCUGCAUAUACUAAAGCCAUUGAAAUUAUACCGCGUGAAUUUAAAACUGAUUUGGCCACCUAUUAUCAUAAUAGGGCUGCGGCAUAUGAGCAGUUGAAGAAAUGGAGGAGUGUUAUUGCGGAUUGUGAGCAGGCCAUUAAUCUGAAUAACAAAUAUGAAAAAGCCCUGUAUAGGAGAGCCAAAGCUUAUGAAAUAGUGAAAGAUUACGAAAGUGCACUUGACGAUGUUACUGCCGUUUGCAUAUUACAAAAUUUUGAGAAUUCAAAUGCGCUGCGCAUGGCCGAUAGAGUGCUUAGAGAACUGGGAGUGAAGCAUGCUGCGGAAGCAUUUAAGCACCAGAAACCGCUGAUACCCGCCAAACAUUACAUUAAUACGUAUUUUGCGUCUUUCUCAGAAGACGUGGCAUUUAAGAAACUUGUUGAACCUACAGAGCCUUUAGGUCAAGGAGAGCUGAAAGGAUUCUUAAAGGCAAAACUUGCCUUCGCCACAGAAAAGUACGAAGAAAUAAUUCCCGCAUGCACUGAGGAGUUAAAUCUGAGCGAGUCUGAGUCAAACUUCAAACUAGAAGCACUUGCCCUCAGAGGAUCGUUUUAUUUUAUUACUGGCGAAGACGCCAAAGGAAUCGAAGAUUUCACAAGUAUUAUUGAGAAUGAAUCAGCAGAUGUGAAUCUUAAAGUGAAUGCUCUACUGAAAAGAGCAGCAGUUGCAAUGAACAAUUCGGAAUCAGAUGAUUAUAUGGCAGAUUAUGAGAAAGCUGUGGCGCUAGCACCCAAUAAUCCAGACGUGUACCAUCACAGAGGUCAAGUGAUGCUCAAAUUGAACCAAACAGAAAAAGCACGACAGGAUUUCCAAAAAGCUGUCAAACUGAAUCCCAAGUUUUUAAUCGCAGUUAUACAAAAAUAUUAUACGGACUACAAGUAUGCAUUGGAACUUAAAGACGUUGAUUUGCUCAUGAAGGAUUUGCAACAAUUCAGGGAAUCUUUUGUGAAAUUUCCGAAUCAAGCUGAACCUUACAUUUUGUUUGCUGCAGUGCAAGCAGAAAGAGGGGAAUAUCAAGAAGCCGAAGAGUUAUACCGGAAAGCUCUAAAACUCGAUGAGAGCAACGCUUCAAUUUACGUUCACUUGGGUCUGUUAAGGAUAAUGUGGAAAAAUGAUUUGGAAGGUGGAGCCAAAUUAAUGAGACAAGCCAUCAAUAUUGAUUCUACCUGCGGAUAUGCAUUUGAAACGCUGGCCACUGUCGAAGUACAAAGGGGUAAUUUGAUAUCAGCAAUUGAACUGUUUAAUAGAGCCAUUGAAAUAUCAAGAUCCAAAGCAGCAACUGUGCAUUUGUUUUCACUGAGAGACGCGGCCGCGUCUCAAUUAAAAAUGGCUUCUAGGCUAGGUAUUAGUCUAUCAAAUAUGAUAUUCAGAUAGAUCGUUCAACUUUUGAAGGUACGUGUUAAAAUUUUUGUUAAUACAGGUGAAGUUUGUGACUUCCUGUUUAUGAGUAAAUCUAACGUGUCACAUCAUGAAACGCAAGUAUAAUACACUCAAUGAGAGUUAUUUACAGUCAAGCGUAUACCUAUUAGUCUACAUUAGUAUAACAAUUAACCCGAAAAUUUAUUGUUUAUAAUUUUACGGUUUAGAAUCAGCAAAUUAUAAUCAAAGGUUUAAACGUACAUUUAUUCCGCCAUAGUUACGUAAAGUAGUAGGGUAUUUGAAAGUAUGCAUGCACUUUAGAUGAGUGCAGAUAAUCACACCAUCCAAUGUUUUAAAAUUUUAUUAUAUUCAAUGUGAUCGCAGUAGAUGAUCAUGGAAAUAUAGAAAAUAAAUUGUUUAUUAAUUC